GACCUCCGCGUUUAGCCUUCUUUCUCAGAGAAAGAGAGAUGGAUACCUUCCUCUUCACCUCCGAAUCCGUCAAUGAGGGUCACCCUGACAAGAUCUGCGACCAGAUCUCUGAUGCCAUCCUUGACGCCUGCUUAGAACAAGACCCAGAGAGCAAGGUUGCAUGUGAGACAUGCACCAAGACCAACAUGGUCAUGGUCUUUGGUGAGAUCACCACCAAGGCUAAGGUGAACUACGAGAAGAUUGUUAGAGAUACCUGCAGAGGCAUUGGUUUUAUUUCAGCUGAUGUGGGUCUUGAUGCUGACAAAUGCAAUGUCCUCGUCAACAUUGAGCAGCAGAGCCCUGACAUUGCCCAGGGUGUUCAUGGUCACCUCACAAAGAAGCCUGAGGAAAUUGGAGCUGGUGACCAAGGUCAUAUGUUCGGUUAUGCAACAGAUGAAACCCGCGAGCUGAUGCCCCUUACCCAUGUCUUGGCCACCAAGCUAGGGGCUAAACUAACUGAAGUGAGGAAGAAUGGAACCUGCUCAUGGCUUAGGCCCGAUGGGAAGACUCAAGUGACUGUUGAGUACAAGAAUGAAGGUGGUGCUAUGGUCCCUCUCAGAGUCCACACUGUGCUCAUCUCAACCCAACAUGAUGAGACUGUCACAAACGACCAGAUCUCCAAGGACCUGAAGGAACAUGUGAUCAAGCCAGUCAUCCCCUCGCAGUACCUUGAUGACAAGACCAUCUUCCACCUCAACCCAUCAGGCCGUUUUGUCAUUGGAGGACCUCAUGGUGAUGCUGGGCUCACUGGCCGUAAGAUCAUCAUUGACACUUAUGGUGGGUGGGGUGCUCAUGGUGGAGGUGCCUUCUCUGGCAAGGACCCAACAAAGGUGGACCGCAGUGGUGCCUACAUUGUCAGGCAGGCAGCUAAAAGCGUAGUGGCUUCUGGGCUUGCCCGACGAUGCAUUGUGCAAGUCUCUUAUGCUAUUGGUGUCCCGGAGCCUUUGUCUGUGUUUGUGGACACAUACAAGACUGGUAAGAUUCCAGACAGAGACAUAUUGGCUCUGAUCAAGGAAAAUUUUGACUUCAGGCCAGGAAUGAUUGCCAUUAACCUCGACCUGAAAAGAGGAGGCAAAUCUAGGUACCUGAAGACUGCUGCCUAUGGGCAUUUUGGCCGGGAUGACCCAGAUUUCACUUGGGAAACUGUCAAGCUCCUCAAGAAUGACAAGGCUUAGAGUUAAUGCAGACCUGCACCUUGGGUAUUUUCUGUUGUGGGACGAAGCUAAGAAGCAUAUGUAAGUGCACCAAGCUCCUGCCGACAAACAAGAAGGAGAAGCCGCUCAGUGGAGGAUGUGUUGCUCAAAGCUUCACCAAAUAUUGGAUGGGGGGAUCUAUUUAUAAUCGUUCUUUUAUUCUAAUUUUCUGCUUUCAUCA